CUCCGGGGAUGCACCGAUUAUUUUGAAUGGAGGCAGCGCAGAGCGGCUGUGGCUGCGUUAACGUUAAAUCAUCAACGAUGGUUUUUAAAGUUAUUUCAGGGACGAAUCUUUAUUUAUUGCAGCGACGUUUGUGAUUAGUUUGUAGUCUUUGUAACUGACUUCCGGAGCUUGCUAGCUAGCUGCUCACUGAGCCCGUGCGAGAGGGUUUUAGGCCUCAUCGUUUGACGUCAGCAGGUCAGUGACGUAUGUCAGAAAUAUAAGCGUGUGUCUGACGUGUAGCCGCGGGGGUCCGCGCUCACAGGAAUGAACUAUGGAAGGCUGGAAGUCAAAAUAAAGCGGGUUUGUCCGAGGAAGAGGGCGCGAGACCACCUGAAGCCUCACCUGACACCUGCCGGGCAGAGAGGAGGGGCUUCCCCACUAUGCAGCAUCAUGGCAGAAAGCAGAGCUGUGGAGUACUGCAGUGAUGCCGAGGAUUUAUUCGGCGACUACGACAGCAUCCUGGAGGACUCGUCCAUCCUGGCGAAGCUGGAUGAUGCAGAGCAGAACGAAAGGCUUCGAGAGGCGGGGCAGCAGCUGUCAGAGGACGGGGACGUGCUCUCAGACUCCAUCCUGGAUGGCAUCGGGGUCGGACCCCCGGAGGACCUACCUGCCAGCCAGCUGCAGUUUCAGGAGGAGGUCCAGGAGAAGGUGAAGAGGAGCAGACUGCAGGAUGGAGACAAAACCUCGACGCCUUUUAGAGGACGAACCAGCGUGGAGGAUCAAACCAGGAUGGCGGCCGGAGCGAGGAGGAGCGUCGUCGACCAGCUGAAGAGGACGAUGCUCGGGAAUGCGGCGGCUCCCGCUGCCGUUUCCCGGACGGCGGUGCUGAAGGAGGCGGUGGUUUCUGAGGAGAUGAGCGUCGCCAUGCAGGCCAUGGAGACGGUGUCUGCCCACACGCCCGACCUCGGGCCCUUCUUCAGCCUCCCGACCAAAGUGAAGGAGCUGAUGUUCAGACUGAGAGGAAUCCAGAGCUUAUAUGCCUGGCAGGAGACAUGCCUGAACCUGGACUGUGUUCAGCAGAGGAAGAACCUCAUCUACUCCCUUCCUACCAGCGGAGGGAAAACUCUGGUAGCCGAGAUCCUCGUCCUCAGAGAGCUGCUGUGCAGGAGGAAGGACUGCCUGUUCAUGCUGCCCUACAUAUCGCUGGUGCAGGAGAAGGUUCGUGGUUUAGCGAGCUUUGGCCUGGAGCUGGACUUCAUGGUGGAGGAGUACGCUGGCAGCAAGGGCAAGUUUCCUCCCGUGAAGAGAAGAAACAAGAGAUCCCUGUACAUCGCCACCAUAGAGAAGGCCCACAGCCUCGUCAACUCUCUGAUAGAGACCGGCAGGCUGGAUGACCUCGGGCUGGUGGUGGUUGAUGAGCUUCACAUGCUGGGUGAUGGCAGCAGAGGGGCUAUUAUAGAAAUGACUCUGGCCAAAGUUCAGUAUGUCAGCAAAACGACUCAGAUUAUCGGAAUGAGCGCCACUCUCGGGAAUAUCCACGACCUGCAGACGUUUCUGAGGGCUGAAAAUUACACGAAUGACUUCAGGCCUGUUCAGCUGAAGGAAUACGUUAAACUGCACGACUCCAUCUAUGAGGUGGACCCAAAAGAAGAGAACUGUUUCAGAUUCUCACGUCUUCUCAACUUUAAAUACUCGAGCGCGAUGCAGAAGAUCGACCCCGAUCACAUCAUUGCUCUGGUGACCGAGGUCAUCCCAGCGCACUCCUGCCUGCUCUUCUGUCCCACCAAGAAGAACUGUGAGAAUGUGGCUGCGAUGAUCUGCAAAUAUCUGAAAGAGGACUUCCUGCGGCACCGCGAGGCGGAGAAGACCGUCCUCCUCAGGGAGCUGCGGGACAGCGGGAACGGCUCGCUGUGUCCGGUGCUCAGGGCCACCGUGCCGUUCGGGUUGGCGUACCACCACAGCGGGCUGACCUCCGAGGAGAGGAAACUGGUGGAGGAGGCCUACUCCAGCGGGGUCCUCUGCCUCCUCACCUGUACCUCCACCCUGGCUGCAGGAAUCAACCUACCUGCCCGCAGAGUGAUCCUGCGCUCGCCAUACGUGGCCACGGACUUCCUGAAGAGAAGCCAGUACAAGCAGAUGGUGGGACGGGCCGGCCGAGCGGGGAUCGACUCGGUGGGCGAGAGCAUCCUGAUCCUGCAGGAGAAGGACAGGAACACGGCUAAAACUCUGGUGUGCGCUCCCAUGGAGAACUGUUACAGCAACCUGAUGCACGAUGAUGGAAAAGGCCUCCUGAGUCUCAUCCUGUCCCUCAUUGGAUUAAACAUCACGUCGUCUGUGGAGCAGCUGCAGGACUUCCUGCGGGGGACACUGCUGUUCGUGCAGCAGCAGCAGCUGUGCGUGGGCAGGAGUCUGCAGGAUGCGGUGCAGCAGUGCGUGGACGUCCUGAAGGAGAAAGACCUCGUCACAGAAGACUCGCACAGUCAAAACCUGCAGGUCACCAAGCUGGGAAAGGCCAUGUACAAAGCCUCGGUGGAUCUGACCUACAGUGACGUCCUCUACAAAGACCUCUCCAAAGGUCUGGAGGCUCUGCUGCUCAACAGCUACCUGCACCUGGUCUACCUGGUCACUCCGUAUGACAUGAUCAAUCAGUGCAAACCUGACUGGAUGAUCUUCUUCAGGCAGUUCACGCUGCUUUCUCCGGCCGAGCAGAAGAUGUCGGCCGCCAUCGGAGUGCCCGAGAGUCUCGUGGCGAGAAAAGCUGCCGGACAGACGGUGAAAAAGAGCGUGGACGUGGCGGCGGUGAGGAGGAUGUACCUCGCACUCGUCCUCUUCUCUCUGCUGAAGGAAACGGACGUUUGGAGCGUCUCGGAGCGUUUCCAGCUGAGCCGCGGCUUCGUGCAGAUGCUGCUCAGCUCCUCCUCGGCCUUCUGCUCCUGCGUGCUGCACUUCACCCAGGAGCUCGAGGAGUUCUGGCCGCUCAGAGCUCUGCUCGCCGAGCUGACGCGGCGCCUCAGUUACUGCGUGAAGGCGGAGCUUAUCCCUCUGAUGGAGGUGGCCGGAGUCCUGGAGUCGAGAGCGAAGCAGCUGUACAGCGCCGGCUACAAGACGCUGCCUCAGCUGGCCAACGCCGACCCGGCCGUUCUCUGCAGAACCAUACAGAACCUCUACAAGAAACAGGCCCAUCAGAUCGUGGCCUCCGCUAAGAUGCUUCUGAGCGAGAAAGCUGCAGCUCUGCAGGAGGAGGUGGACGACCUGCUGGCAGCGCCCACUGACCUCCCGGCGGCGCCCUCUGAUGGACCCCCUUUGACAUGAGCUCAUCGGAGGAGUUUUAUUCUCUCUGAGCGCUGCUUUUGAUUUUAUUGUGAAAUUGUUUCUUAUUAAAAUGAUGACCAGAACAACUCGGCCGUGUCUGUGUGAGAAAUUUCAGCAGAAACAUCACUUCCUGUCCUCGUUGCUCUCUUUCAACACUUCGGUCUGCUCUUAUUUUGUCAUCUGUGCUUCCUGUCGUCAUGCAUUGGCGUCAUUGAAGACACAAAGAUCGAUUUUAGACUCGAGGCCGUGAAGCUGCUGCACGAGGUCACGUUUGGCCUGUUGGAGGCGGUUUUCACGUUUCUGUUUUAAAGGAGCCCGAGCGCGUCAGGUGAGCACAGGUGAGUGAGGGGCGUGGGGCUCGUCACCAUCAGCUCGUCUCUGAUGGAGCUGCGUGUUUGUGACUCAGAAAAAUAAAACACCUGUAAAUAGUGAUGGUUCAGUGCUUCCAGCUGCUGGUUAAAAUGCAGAAAUGAGAGAAAAUGACUGACAUUUUCUUAUUUUUAUAGACUUGUAUUUAUUUAUUAGAAACUGAAAAGUCACUUCCUGUCUGUUUCAUCAGGUGAGCAGGACACACAGGUCCUACCUGUGGAAAUAAAUAAAUGUGCUUCAACAAA